UGGGACUUGGACUGUGUGGAAUGAAUAAAUGAAUGAAUGGGUGAACGAAUGAAUGAGCAGCAGCGACCACUUAGCCUGACCAGCGCCUUUCUCUCGCCGUUGAUAUUGCUUUUUUUUUUUCCUUCUCUCUCUUUGAAGUUGUGGCUUGUCUUGACUUUGGUGUUCCACGCUCAAGUGUCUCUACUCACUGGUUAUUAAAACAUUAAGCGCCUAAUUUAUGCCACCUGGUCCUCCAAGCAUUAUCGGCACCAUGUGGAUCCAGGUUCGAACCAUGGAUGGGAAGGAGACCCACACCGUGGACUCUCUGUCCAGGUUGACCAAAGUGCAGGAGCUGAGGAAGAAGAUUGCGGAACUGUUUCAUGUGGAACCCCAACUGCAGAGACUCUUUUACAGGGGCAAACAGAUGGAGGACGGCCACACACUCUUCGAUUAUGAUGUGCGCCUCAAUGACACAAUCCAGCUGCUGGUGCGCCAGAGUCUGGCACUACCUCCCAGUACGAAGGAACGGGAUUCGGAGCUCUCAGACUCUGACUCUGGCUAUGGUGUGGGUCAGAGCGAGUCGGACAAGUCGUCCACGCAUGGUGAAGGGGCUGUUGAAGGGGAUGACAAGACUGUGUGGGAGGACACGGAGCUGGGGUUGUACAAGGUUAAUGAGUACGUGGAUGUACGUGACAACACCUUGGGUGCAUGGUUUGAGGCCCAGGUGGUCCAGGUACAGAAGAGAGCCCCAUCCCAGGAGGAGCCCUGCAGCUCGAGUGCCAGCAUGACCCUGGAGGACGACAUCAUGUAUCACAUCAAAUAUGAUGACUACCCAGAGAAUGGAGUGGAGGUUGUCAAAGCCAAGGAUGUGCGCGCUCGAGCCCGCACUGUGAUCCCGUGGGAGGACCUGGAGGUCGGCCAGGUGGUAAUGGUCAACUACAAUGUGGACUAUCCCAGGAAACGCGGCUUCUGGUAUGACGUUGAGAUCUGUAGGAAGCGUCGGACUAGGACAGCGCGUGAGCUCUAUGGCAACGUCAUGCUCUUAAAUGAUUCUCAGCUUGAUAACUGCCGGAUCAUGUUUGUGGAUGAAGUCUUCAAGAUUGAGCUCCCCAAUGAAAGGAACCCCCUGAUUGGGGGCCCCUCGCAACCCCCUCUUCCCCUCCGAAAAACAGGGAAGAGUGGUCCAUCCUGCCAGUACUGCAAGGACGAUGAGAACAAACCAUGUCGCAAGUGUGCUUGCCACGUGUGUGGUGGUCGUGAGGCUCCAGAGAAGCAGCUGUUAUGUGAUGAGUGUGACAUGGCCUUCCAUCUGUAUUGCCUGCAGCCACAGCUCACCUGUGUCCCCCCUGAGCCUGAGUGGUACUGCCCCAGCUGUCGGACUGACUCCAGUGAGGUGGUGCAAGCAGGUGAGAAGCUGAAGCAAAGCAAGAAGAAGGCAAAGAUGGCCUCAGCCACCUCGUCCUCCCGGCGGGACUGGGGAAAGGGUAUGGCAUGUGUGGGCCGCACCAAGGAGUGUACCAUUGUGCCUGCCAACCACUUCGGGCCCAUCCCCGGCGUCCCUGUGGGCACCAUGUGGCGCUUCAGAGUCCAGGUCAGUGAGUCUGGUGUGCAUCGGCCACAUGUGGCAGGCAUCCAUGGCCGGAGCAAUGAUGGUGCCUACUCGUUGGUGCUGGCUGGUGGUUAUGAGGAUGAUGUGGACAAUGGCAAUUUCUUCACUUACACGGGGAGCGGCGGCCGAGACCUCUCAGGCAACAAGCGCACCGCAGGACAGUCCUCUGACCAGAAGCUCACCAACACCAACAGGGCUCUGGCACUAAACUGUGACAAUGUCAUCAGUGAGAAAGGGGCGGAGGCCAAGGACUGGCGCCAGGGGAAGCCGGUGCGUGUGGUCCGCAACAUGAAGGGAGGGAAACACAGCAAGUACGCACCCGCAGAGGGCAACCGCUAUGACGGCAUCUACAAGGUGGUGAAGUACUGGCCAGAGAAGGGUAAAUCUGGCUUCCUUGUGUGGCGCUACCUCCUUCGACGGGAUGACACGGAGCCGGGGCCCUGGACCCGGGAGGGCAAGGACCGCAUACGGCAGCUGGGGCUCACUAUGCAGUACCCUGAAGGCUACUUAGAGGCCUUGGCUAGCAAGGAGAAGAGUAGGAAGCGCCCAGCCAGGGCCUUGGAGCAGGCACCAACAUCCUCCAAGACCACCAUGUCCAAGCGGAAGACCACAGGCCUGGCCAACAACACACAAGUGUCCAAGAAGAGCAAACUGGAGCCCUACACACUCCCAGUGCAACAGGCCAACCUCAUCAAGGAGGACAAGAACAAUGCCAAGCUGUGGGAUGACGUGCUGAGUUCGCUUCAGGGUGGGCCGUAUCAGGUUUUUCUGAGCAAGGUGAAGGAGGCUUUCCAGUGUAUCUGUUGCCAGGAGCUGGUGUUCCGGCCCGUCACCACCGUGUGUCAGCACAAUGUCUGUAAGGAUUGCCUGGACAGGUCCUUUCGUGCCGAGGUGUUUAGCUGCCCAGCCUGUCGCUGUGACCUAGACCACAGCUCCCCAACCCGGGUGAACCAGCCUUUGCAGACCAUUCUCAACCAGCUGUUCCCUGGCUAUGGCAGUGGUCGGUGAUGCCACGAACCAGGCAGAAGGCCCUCAACACUUCUCCGAGUUCGUAGUGGGCUUAGUUUGGAGGUGUUGUCCUUCUACGUCUGCUCCUGGCGACCCGUCCGCCUUGCUCACCAGUUAACCAGGCAUCUGCAGGAACCCCGUGUUCUGGCUACCAGUUGGACCUCUGUUAUUUCUCUCUCUCUCUCUCUCUCUCUCUCUCUCUCUCUCUCUCCUUUUCUUUUUAAUACAAAGCCUGCAAUUCUCCCAGAGAAGGGAAAAAAAGAAACCUGCCUUUUUCUUUGAAGAUGAAUUUAGAAACUGUUCAGCCCCGUACCAGACCAAUGUCAUGUUGUCGGGAGUUCUCACCCAAACCAGCUUCCUAGAACAAUCCUGCAACCAUCUUUGAAAAGAUAUUUUCCCAGCAGCUGGCAGCUGCGGCCUAAUGAGUGCAUCCCUUGGGCCUUUGCAGAAGAUCUGGAGAGGGCCCUAGGCUAGCCUCAUCCCUGGCCUCAACUAUCCUCACGGGGGUUGCCUCUGGGGCCUAGCUGACACUACCUCAGCAGGACUUGACUGGCCUCAGGCUAGGGCACCAGCUGAGGCAAAGCUGACCUAGUGCCUUUGGCUCAUUGCCCUUCCCCACUGUCUUUAGCACUGAAUUGUCGGAUGCCUGCCUUGGAAGUCUGGCUGCUGGGGUGCUCACUGGCUCUGGGUAUCGUAGAGGUUUGAGGUGUAGUGACCAGUUCUCAUCUUGUUUUUGUUUUUUUAAUGGGAUGAAUAGUUUUCCUUGAUGAAUUUCUUUUAUAGUUACAGCCUGUACUGAGGAAGACUGUGACUGCAUGUUUUGUUUUGUUGGUUGGUUUUUGUUUUGUAACUUGUUACUUUACCAAAGUGUGCAGGCCAUACCUCAGUAGAACAUGGAAACUGAACACGUAACCAACCACAGGCAGACUGGACAGCACUGUUUUAAGGGUCAUGGCUUUUGUUAGAUUGUUAGGGGAAAAAAAAAUGAAAUUCCAUGUGUUCAUGUGGAUGUUUUCUAAAGUUCAAUAUUUUUUUGUUCAGAUUUUAGAUCUCAAUAAAUUUUUUUCUGCAGAUAUA